AUGAUCAAGCGUUUCGCACUGUGCUACAAUUGCCUCAAGUCAAACCAUACUGCAGAUAAAUGUCGAAGCGGAGGCUGCUUCAAAUGUGAUGGGAAGCAUCAUACAUCCAUCCACCGAGAGAAGAAAGAAAGUUUCUAUUACAAUGACAACCCACCAGAUAAGCAUCAUCAAGAGAAAAAACAAAUAACGCAGACUUAUCCAUCGACACAAGCAUCCAUCCUCCCUACGGCUAUAGUAUUGGUUCACAGUCUUGACCGUGCCCCAAUAUUGGGUCGAGUCUUAUUAGACUCAGGCUCACAGUUCAACUUCGCUACGAAAUCGCUGAUGAACCGUUUAGGAGUACCAACUCAGACGACCAAGUUAACGUGUAUGGCUUUGGACAAUGCAAACAGCCAGACAAUACCAGUGCUAGUAUCGGACAAUGUAAUCGGGAGCAUUCCCUCGAAGGAUUUGAACACAGACAACUGGAAUCUUUCAGACGUAAAUUUAGCGGAUCCUGAUUUCCAUUUAAGUAGCCCAGUUGACAUACUAUUGGGAGUUUCGAUCGUAUUUGACAUCAUUCGAAGUGGCAACAAAGACAUUGGUGAAGAACUACCGCGUAUUCAAAAUACGGCACUUGGGUGGGUAAUUGGCGGUGGUAGGGCAUACAUAAAGGCAAACACCGAAGUAUCAAUGGUAAUCAGUGGAACCAAGAACAGUUUCGUUCCUAUUGAGUGGACUGAAGAGAAAUCAUUGUGCGAGCAAUUGUUCGUAGAUACCACCACACGCACAGAAGACGGCCGUUUUAUAGUGCGACUGCCACGAAAACCCAACUCUGAUCAACUGGGUGAUUCUAAAACCUUGGCUCUAGGACAAUUCUUGAAGCUAGAAAAAAGGUUUGAAGUGGAUCCUUUGCUACAUCAACAAUAUAGCACUUUUAUUUCUGAAUAUUUAGAACUAGGUCACAUGUCCAAGGUAAACGAAAAGGACUUAGACGGACUGAAUGGCCCUGUGUUUUAUAGUCCUCAUCACCCAGUAUUCAGACCUGAGAGCGCUACCACAAAAUUAAGGGUAGUUUUCAAUGCAUCUGCAGCUUCUUCUAGUGGUCUAUCACUGAAUGACGUUCUAAUGACUGGACCCACGAUUCAGCAGGACACCUUCAACAUUCUGCUCAGAUUCCGGUUUCCCAAAUACGUGUUGAUUGCGGAUCUCGAAAAAAUGUUUCGACAAAUUCUGGUCCACGAAACAGAUUGUCAGUUACAGUACAUUCUGUGGCGAUUCUCUAGCGAAGAAGCCGUAUCCACACUGUAA